AUGGUUGAGUUGCAUUGGAAAUUUUCUCGCGAUCGAACACCACACAGCUUGCAUUGCUGGAUAUUGCCCGAUUGCAUCAAUGACCUCGUCCUGGGACGCACAUUCCUUGGUGUGACGAAGACGCUCACGACAUUUCGAGAUCGCAUCAAGAGAAUUAUUCGUCCGAAGACGCAUCGACUGAAGCUCACCGGAACCGAGGAACAGCGUAUCCUCGGAUCAUUCAACAACCAGGCCACAGCAGCACUCGCCGAUACCGGCUCCGAUCUCAUGCUUGUUUCAUCGAAAUAUGUCAAGCGCCAUGGCCUCACCGUGAAUUCUGGAAAUGGCUACUGCUCUGAAGUCGAACUUGCAGACGGGACGACCACAUAUACUACUGGUGUUGUCAGGAACGCAACGUGGCGCAUAGGGGACGACGCCAUGAGGUGCGAUUUCCACGUGCUGGAUGACCUGAUUGUGGAUGUCAUCCUAAGCAAAGAUUACAUCUUUGAACGGAACAUUUUUGCGGAGCACGCUGAGUCGUUCAUCGACAUUGAUUUGAUCGACGAAGCUUCCAGACUCUGUGGCAUCCGUGCCCCUGAACAGGGCAGCUUUGACAUGGAUACUUUGGAAGGAAAUUUCUUGCGAGAUGUCACUUCAUACGAUGCCUUCAACCUCGAGAUGUUGGAGUAUUGCAGCGUAAUUGUUGCAAAGAUCUCUCAACUUGAAAUUAUUGUGGAUGCUACAUAG